GCUGCUUUCUAGACCAGAGGCAGUGGCUGGAGGGACAGAGCAGAGUCCAGAAUGGGGAGCUCAGCUGGGGCUGCAGUUGUCCUUUUUCUUGUCCUCUGGCAACCAGCAGAUGCCUUCUGGCUUUUCAACGUGCUCUUCCCACCCAGUACCACCCCAGAAGCAGCUCUCUCCAACAACACUCCCCCUGUGGUGCUUGGUAAGUUGGCAUGGGGCACAUGACAAGGGGGGCAGUGGCAGUCCUGAGGCUGGGGAGGCCAGCUCCCCACUGCAGGCAAAGUGUUGGCAUGGUGGGAGGCGUCAGUGGGAUAGUUGAGGGUGGUCAUUUGUGAACAGCCGGCUGAUCAGUGUUGGGCAGGCAGGUGUGAGGUUUGAGAAGAGUCUGUGUUGGGUUGCUUUGGCUGCUUGGCUGCAGUAGUGCCCCUUCCCCUGAGACGUGGAUGGCUGAAAAGAUGCUAGUCAAAUCAGAUGGAUCUGUAGGGUCUGAUUAAGCUCACAGCUAGGAUAGUUCAGGGCCUGACAUGCUCAGCUGGGAUACCUAGAAGCGGAUGUGGGCAGUGCUGGGCUGCUGGCCUUUUCUGUGGUACGCAUUGGUAUGCAAAUAGGUCUGAGAUAAAGGUGAAGAUUGGUGGAACGGUGAUCAAAGUGAUGUCACAGAACCACUGGUGGGAUUCCCAGGACUAGAGGAGAGCCAUGCUAUUCUUUCCCUUGGAGGAGUACCUUGGAGGAAAGGGCAUGUGGGGGACACUUUCCCAGAGGAAAGGCUGCAAGCUCUCCUCUGUCCUCCCCACCUUGCCUGACACUCCUGUAAGAUGCUUGAAGAAGAAGAAGAAGAAGAAGAAGAAGAAGAAGAAGAAGGGGAGGAGAAGGAGGAGUUUGGAUUUGAUAUCCCACUUUAUCACUACCCGAAGGAGCAUCAAAGCGGCUAACAUUCUCCUUUCCCUUCCUCCCCCACAACAAACACUCUGUGAGGUGAGUGGGGCUGAGAGACUUCAAAGAAGAGUGACUAGCCCAAGGUCACCCAGCAGCUGCAUGUGGAGGAACGGAGACGCGAACCCGGUUCACCAGAUUACGAGUCUACCGCUCUUAACCACUACACCACACAGGCCAGUAACCUCUCCAUGAGUCCUGCAUUGCCCUGCUUCUCCCUCAUUGCCCCACAUGAAGGAGGCCUUGGCAAGAGCGCGUGGGGCUGGAUGAGAUGGUCCAUCUCAUCUGAUUGUGCCUGGAAGCCGAUCCAUCCCGUUUGCAUCUAACAUGGAAGCUACAAGGUCACCUUGUAGCAACCCAUUGACAUGCAUGCUUAGCAGGGUGAUGGUCAAACUGGGAAUAAACUCUGUUGGUUCAUCCAGCUGCCUGAGCCCCCUAACUGAGCUGAAGUGUGGCUGCUGGGUCUUGCUUAGAGGGAGGCAGUGUGUCUUGCCUGGCAUCUCCUCCUUCUUGGCCUCCAAGUUAAUCAAGCACAAACUCCUAAAUGUGUCUGAUUCCCCUUUCUGAGAGGUGCAGCAUUGUCAUGCUUAGAUAGACCAGGGAGAGCUGAGCAGAAGGACAUCCUGGGAUGGCAAGUUCCUUUCUGUCCAUAGGUUGGGGUGGGAGACUGUAGAGCGGAUUGCAGUGCUUCAUCUUGGGUAGAGGGUGGGACCUAGGAAGGGAAUUCUUAUUUUAUUUUUGCUGGUGGCUCUCUCCCUCUCCCCUGCUGCAGAAAAAUCAGCACUUCCAUAAUGCAAGAGUUAAAGGCAGAGGACCUCCUCUGUCCUGUGUUGAAUCUGGUGAGCUACCUUUGACUCCUGCCCCAAAAGUGGCCUCUCCAUCCCAUGUAUGUGCACACCCACCCACCCACACCCUGGGAAUCUCCUCCCGUCUCCGUCCCUUUUGAUCCUGCCUGGAAUAAUCUUGCACAGUAUUUUGUCCCACUGAAUGGCCUUGACCGGACUUUGUUUUGUUUGCCUGGCGCUCUGAAAAAAUGGUCUUUUUGGCCAGAGAGCAAAAGUGAUCUAAGUUGGUUCCUGUUUUCCUAGGAAAGGAUGAGAAAAAAGGACAAGCACCAGGAGGUGUCUUUAAAGCAUUCCCCACCCCCAGUCUCAUCACCAGCGUCCUGCCAUAAAGAGGUUUUGACAGGGCCAGGGCUGUGGGAUUCAACCCAGCCUUUCCUAUAUAGCCUUACAUACAAAUUUAAUGCAACUUUUAUCAUUUUAACUUGUAUUCUGUAUUUUGUUGCAUUACUUUCUACUUUCCCCCUCUGAGGGCAAUUCCCCCCUCCAUUCUGAACCUAACCCCAGGGCCCUGACAGAAUCUUCCUCCCAGAUCUGAUGCUCUUAACUUACAGAGAGCUUUGUUACAUUUGGGGACAGUAAAAAUAGCACUCCACACCUACAGCUCAAAGUGGUACAGUCUUCUCUGUUGCACGUGUUGGUGGAGAACAUUACUCAAAGUGGCAGAAGCCUGGACUGCAUUACUUCUAGCUUCAGGUAGGAGUGUUUGCUAGGCCAAAGGCCAAAGGCAGCAACAUCCGUCCCAUGGUGUGGGCCAUGACAAUGCUGCCCCCAUCCUUUGUGGCUUGAGAGUUUCAUUGUGUGCAGGCUUUUCACAUAUAUGUGUGGGAGCUUUCAAAAAUAUGACACCACCCCCAUAUGCCCUUAAAGUGGUACAGUAUGGAAUAUGACCAUCUUCUUCCGUCUGACAUGUGGACAGCAGGUUCUGAGACUCCAACUGGAUGGCAGGUUCAUUAAGGACAAGCAUGGGCAAAAUCACAUUAUUGCAACCCCCAGAGGUAAGGGACUCCAGAUCCCACCAGAGCACCUGUUUCAGAGCAUCUGUGGGAAGACCUUGCCAGGAGUCUAAAACACAAAGCAGCUCCCUUGGACUGAAAUCUCACUCUGCCCUUUGGCAGAAUCCACUAGGAGACUCUGUGAAAGCCACUCUUGGAGGAAGACAGGCAUUCUGGCCAUGUGGGAUCAACAGGUAUCUUUUUUACAUAAAGGGGGCACAGGACCCCCAAGCACACAAACAGGAGUGAUUCCUUAUGCCUUGCUUUUUGCAAUAAGCACGUCGUCUCACAGGGUAACCUGUGGAAAGACUUACCAGACUAAAGCAUUCAACUAAUGCUCAGGCAGGCUCUUCUUCACCUGUAUUUGCUACUUACUCCAGGUUGUACGGUCCUUCAAGACCACUUGGCAGGGCUGCAGCUGCUGGGAAUAUCCUUAUGUGUUAAGUUUUGAAAAGAAAUUUGGUGGGAUUUUAUCAUAUAUACAACAAAUACAUACACACAGGACAAGGUACAGCACAAAAUUUGGCUUCCCUAAUAGUCUUAAGUACUCAACGAUUUAAGUCUCUUCCAGAUAUGCUGAGCUUUUUUGUAGUUGCACUAUUAUUUUUGUUGUAUUGCUUUGUUUAACCUACUUAAAAACAUAUUUUUUGCCAUAGCAAAAAAAAAGUUUUGAAAAUAAAUAAAAACAAUUAAAAUCAGUAAACAAGCUGAUCUCAAGGCGCAGGCUGGCCACAGGAGGUGACAGAAACGUCCUCAGACCUCAAAGCAACUGGCUUCAGGCCUGCUUUGUGCUUCCAGGACCCAGCAUGGAGGCAAACUCGAGAAUCCCCCUGUCCCAGUCAAAGGCACAGGCCAGAGGCUGAGAUUCAGAAGGAAUAAAGCAAAGGCUGGGAGGGGCUGGGAACCACCACCAUCCUCUUUCCUUGUGGCAUUUCCAAGAUACCUGAGUGGCAUGAGUAUCCUAUAGGCAUCGCACCUACCGCAAGAUCCUAACAAAAAGACUCUCAACGGUGUCUUGCUUUUGUUGGGUGCUUUACAGCAGAAGGUGGCCAAACCAUUAUACCCCCAGAAGCUGUGAGCUGCAACUUGCAUAGCCCCUGAGCCUUGGCUGCGCUAGCUGGGGUUGAAGAGUGUUGUAGUCCACAACAUCUAGAAGGCGCAUAAUUGGCUAACAAGGACAGGAGCGCCUAGCAAGAAACUCUCCUCACCAUACAGGCAAAUGGCUGUACAUUUUUGCUAGGAAAAUGGUUGCCACCUUGUUUUGGUGGCCUAGCUCCUGUUCCCAAGGUAUAGACAGGUGAAGCUUUGCCCACCAUUUAUAUCCAUGAUGGGGAAAGCUUCAUCAGUUCUAAAUUCCCAUGCUCCAAGAGCAGGGCCUCUAGAAAAUAUAGCAACCUCCCAUCUCACCCCGCUCACAUUCUUUCGUUGCUACAAAAGAACUGCAAUCUCUCCAGGACUUUUAGUCCAUUUCACAGGUGGCUUUAGAUGCACCACUAAGGCAGGCUACCACUCCUCUUUCUCUGGUCCCUUUCAGUGCCUGGUUGCCUGGGAAACCAACUAGAGGCCAAGCUGGACAAGCCGGAUGUGGUGAACUGGAUGUGCUACCGCCAGACAGAUGACUUCUUCACCAUCUGGCUGAACCUCAACAUGUUCCUGCCUCUUGGGGUUGACUGUUGGAUUGACAAUACCAAGUACGUCACUGGCUGAAGCCACUUUAUAGCUUGUUAUUCUGUGACUCCCUCACGUGAGGAGGGUCUGCGAAAACUGAGCCAAAACAGGGUGAGGGACGCUUCAUCCAUGGUGGAAGCCAGAAGUAUGUAGAAGUACAAAGUAGCACAGGAAGGGGACGGGGACCUGGUGUGCUGUCACUGGGCUCCAACUCUCUUCCAUCCCAGCAGCCAGCAUGGCCAAUGAUGGAGACUGUAGUCUGUUGGUUGCAAGGGAAAAAAUAGGUAUAAAAAGAGUAUUCCUGGAUGCCAAGAUCCCAGCCUGGGGCAAAUACUCAUCAAUGAGAAAACCACAGUCAAGAUUUAAAAUCACAACACCAAGUAAAGUGUAAAAAUAUACACUGUUAGACCUUUAAAAUAUGGGCCCUUGUGAGUUCCCUCUUGUCCUAGCAUAGGAAAGACCACAUCUUUGGUAAGUUAAAAACUGGUUUACUUUCAAACUCUUCAAAGGUCAGGUUCAUGUGCUUUUCUAUACAUCAGUCAGAAAAGUUGCGCAGGCAGUAAAACUUGGCUGUUACAAAGUGGUAAAAGUUAUUUGUAUAGGAACUCAAGAGUUGCUUGUGAGAGCCAUGCCAUCUGAGCUCGGAGCAACCAGCUCAGACCUCCUCACAUGUUGAACUUCUCAGGUAGACUGAAAGGAACAAAGGUUUGAUCCUCUCGUCCCUUCCAAGGUGAGCUAGGUUGGCAGGACAUAGUGAUCAUUACAAUUUAUUUAUUUUAAAGUAUUUUCUAUGACAUUUUAAUAGCCAGGAAUGAAAAUCCCAGCAUGGUGGUUGUGUUUUGCUUUGCACCUGAAUCUGCUUUCUGCCCACAGAGUGAUCUACAACAGGACAACUCGGAGGGUGUCCAAUGCCCCUGGAGUCCAAAUCAGAGUCCCUGGGUUUGGCAAAACCCACACAGUGGAAUACCUGGACAGGAGCAAACUGGCUGGUAGGAGGCAUUGCUACCUGCAAAUCAGUCAUCUCUCUGGUGAAGGAAGGAAGUUUGCUGCUUCAGUCUGCUUGGAGUCGUCUUGAGCCAUGGGCAUAGCCAAGGGGUGGAAGGAGGGGCCGCUGCCCCCAUCAAUAAAAAUCAAUAAAAAUACAUAGCAAACUGAGGUUCUGCACCCCUAAUGAAAGGCUUGCCCCCCCCAAACAAAAAUCCUGGCUAUACCCAUGCCUUGAGCAUUGCUAAAGAGAGACUUUUCCACAAUGGGAUUAAAAUGAGGGCCCUACGUGGCAUGUCAUAGAGAGCUGCCUUAUCUAGCAGCAAGACCCAUUUCCAAGAUGCUUCUGCAGUGCUCGCUAGUAAACAGGGAGCCUUGGGAAGCAAAGGUGGUUUUUCCUCCCCACCCCCCAAACUUUGGUUAGGGUCAUCUUCCUUGCAAUAUCCUCCCCUGGUUGAUUCUUGUCCAGUUUUGUUCCGGGAUUAGUAGCAAACAGAUCUUGCUCCUCUUCCCCCUUGGAGUGGCGGGCACUUCACGCCACUUCCUCACUUUCUUUUUACUUUCUUUUUACUUUUUAAAGUAAAAUGCAUAGCAAACAAUUAGUGAAAAUCAGUAAAUACCACCCCCAGCGAUGACUGGGAACAGACUUAUUACUGAGUGAAUGAAACGUGCCCACUUCUGACUCAAAUCUACUUCGGAAGUGACAUUGGGAAGUUGUUUCUGAGCUAGAGUGCAGGGGCUGACUUAUGGUAGGUUUGUUGUGGGUUUUUAGGGGGCAUCUGAUAGCUGGGAAAGGCUUCUCUUCCUCCUUGCUCAUGAUCUUUUGUGGCUUUCCCUCAUUCCUCUUCUUUAGAAAAAGGUAUUCUGUGUGUGCCACUUUCAGUUUGUAAUGUAGGCAGUGUUUUUCUCCCAGGGGGUAUUCAAGCAUACACAGUACCAGCACCUCUUCUUCUUUUGUUAAAAAGUGUGCCACUUACUGUAACAACUUCACAGUGAAUACCGGCACCUAUGUUUCUAGAAAAAAAGCACUGAAUGUAGGCAUGCAGGAAAGAGGACCUUCCAGAAAUUUUUGAUGCACCACCCACUCUGCCCAACCAUUUCCCACUGUCCAGAAUUUCCUUUUGGUAGGCGUUUACCAGAAUACAAGAAUCUUUAGCUAGGAAAAAAACAUGUAUGUUUAGUGUUUUAUUAUGGUUUCCCUACUUUCUUGAAAAUAUUUUUUUAAAAGGGUGCAAUUUCUGCCUUUUCCUGCUUCAACAACAAUAAAAAGCUGCUCACUCCACACCUUGGGAAGUGGAUAUUGUGCCCAUACCUGAGGUACCAGAGGGUUUUUUCAGUCGGCGGGGUGGGGGGGAGCUAUAUAUUGAGGAGUUGGCAUCCUUACUCCUGCCUCCUAAUGUGCUGGACCCAAUGAGGCUUGGAGCAACCCAGAGAGCCAUCAGAGCAGGAAGUGGUCCCCUCCAACAGGUCACCUACCCAGCCUUCCUCCCCUUGCCCCCCCUCCUGUUAACCUCUUCCUCUCUCCUCCUACCUCCAGGGUACAUGCACACACUGGUGCAGCACCUGGUCAACAAUGGCUAUGUGCGAGACCAAACCGUGCGCGCCGCCCCCUAUGACUGGAGGAUUGGGCCCGGUAAGUACAAAUGGAUAACCAGGGAGGGGGCUGUGAGGAGGACUCAGCGGGUGUGCCAAGGGGUGGGAAGCAGGAAUGCUUUCCCCUGAAGCAUAAUGUUUGACAGACUAUUGAAUUUUAAUAUUUUGUUGGAAGCCGUCCAGAGUGGCUGGGGAAACCCAGCCAGAUGGGCGGGGUAUAAAUAAAUUAGUAUUAUUGUUAUUGUUAUUAUUAGCAACCGUGGAAUGACGAUGAGGUCAAGGCAAGGAGAGAGGGGUGAAAGCAGCCCUCUUGAGUGGGGGGAGUUUAAAUGCCCCCCCAACACACACACCUGUUGCUGUGUGGCUAAGGCAGCUUUUGGGGAAACAGUACGGAAGGAAAGCGCAACUAUUACCUUCCUUCGCCAUCAUAACAGCCCUGGUGCAAAUCCCACCUCCCAUGGCUGAUUUUUUUUUAAAACAGAAUCUUAGAAUUGUAGAGUUGGAAGGGACCACAAAGGUCAUCCAGUCCAAUGUAGGAAUCUUUUUGCCCAACGUGGGGCUUGAACCCACAACCCUGAGAUGAAGAGUCCCAUGCUCUACCGACUGGAAGUAUGUAAUGAGGUCUGGUUGUACAUCCUCUGGCCGCUCAGCAGAGCGGAGGCUGCCUCAGGUUUGAGUGUCGGAGUCUCCGCAAUCUGCUUGGAACAUACAAGAAAACAAUAUCUGGUGCUUCUGUUUUUUUUUUUAUAAUAUUUAUUGGUUUUACAAAAAAAAAUUCCAAAAGAUGCAAAAAUACAAAAAUUCGACAAACAGAAAACAACAAUAACAAUAACAAAAAACAAACAAAGAUAACAAUAUCCAUAACAAAAAAAGAAAAAAGAAAAAAAGAAAAAGAAACAGAAAAAUUUAAAAAGUAUUAUACUUUCAUUUAACCUUCUUAUCAUUACCUAAUUCUUUGACUUCCCCACAUCUCCCCGCUUGUAUUUCCAUUUAAGAACUCCUUUCAGCAAAUCCUUACCCUCCUUUCUUUAUCUUAACUCAAAAAGUUAAUCUAUUUAUAUAUAAAUAUUACAACUUUAUCGAUCAAAUAUUCCAUGCUCUUAAUCACAAGGCUUUUGCCAAUACCAGUUAUUUUCAAUCAGACCUCAAUUUAACAUUCAUUAAUUUUAUAGUAUUUCUGUAGAUAGUCUUUAAAUUUCUUCCAAUCUUCUUCCACCGACUCUUCUCCCUGGUCACGGAUUCUGCCAGUCAUCUCCGCCAGUUCCAUAUAUUCGAUUACCUUCAUCUGCCAUUCUUCCAGAGUGGGUAAAUCUUGUGUCUUCCAAUACUUUGCGAUGAGUAUCCUUGCUGCUGCUGUUGCAUACAUAAAGAAAGUUCUGUCUUUCUUUAGCACCAAUUGGCCAACAAUGCCCAAGAGAAAGGCCUCUGGUUUCUUUAGAAAGGUAUACUUAAAUACCUUUUUCAACUCAUUAUAUAUCCUUUCCCAGAAGGCCUUGAUCUUUGGGCACGUCCACCAAAGGUGAAAGAAUGUACCUUCAGUUUCCUUACAUUUCCAACAUUUAUUAUCGGGCAAGUGGUAGAUUUUUGCAAGCUUGACUGGGGUCAUGUACCACCUGUACACCAUUUUCAUUAUAUUCUCUUUUAAAGCAUUACAUGCUGUAAACUUCGUACCUGUGGUCCAUAACCGUUCCCAGUCAGCAAACAUAAUGUUAUGUCCAACAUCCUGUGCCCAUUUAAUCAUAGCAGAUUUUACCGUUUCAUCCUGAGUAUUCCAUUUUAGCAGCAAGUUAUACAUUCUUGAAAGUGUUUUAGUUUUGGGAUCUAGCAGUUCUGUUUCCAACUUUGAUUUUUCCACCUGGAAGCCAAUUUUUCUAUCCAAAUUAUAGACCUCUCUUAUUUGGUAGUAAUGCAACCAGUCUCGCACUCUAUCUUUUAAUUUUUCAAAACUCUGCAAUUUGAAUUUAUCUCCUUCUUGUUCCAAGAUCUCCCAAUAUUUUGGCCACUUGGCCUCCAUAUUGGACUUUUAGGGCCUUUGCCUCCAUUGGUGAUAGCCACCUUGGGGUUUUAUUCUCCAAUAAGUCUUUAUAUCUUAUCCAGACAUUGAACAAUGCUUUCCUGACAAUAUGGUUUUUAAAUAUUUUGUGAGCUUUAACCUUGUCAUACCACAAAUAUGCAUGCCACCCAAACACAUUAUUGAAACCUUCUAAGUCCAAAACAUCAGUAUUUUCCAGAAGUAACCAAUCCUUCAACCAGCAGAAAGCUGCUGAUUCAUAAUAAAGUUUAAAGUCUGGCAGGGCAAAUCCCCCUCUUUAGCAUCAGUCAAUAUUUUAAAUUUUAUCCUGGGCCUCUUGCCCUGCCAGACAAACUUAGAAAUAUCUCUCUGCCACUUCUUAAAACAGUCCAUUUUGUCUAUUAUUUGUAUCGAUUGAAACAAAAACAGCAUUCUUGGCAAUACAUUCAUCUUGAUGACAGCAAUUCGACCUAACAAGGAAAGCUUCAAAUUUGUCCAUAUUUCUAAAUCCUUUUUAAUGUCCGACCAACACUUUUCAUAAUUGUCUUUAAAUAAAUUCCCAUUUUUAGCUGUCAUGUGAAUCCCCAAGUAUUUCACUUUUUUUACCACUGUUAAACCUGUCUCAUUCUGAAACCUCUCUUUUUCGAUCGGUGUUAAAUUCUUCUCAAGUACUUUAGUUUUAAACUUAUUCAGCUUAAAACCUGCCACCUGACCAAACUCUUGAAUCAGUUCUAAUGCUCUUUUCGUACUAGAUUCUGGCUCCUGUAAUGUCAGUACAAGGUCAUCUGCAAAUGCUUUCAGUUUAUAUUGUUUCGCUCCGACCGUUAUACCCUUAAUCAAAUGGUCCCUUCUUAUCAUAUUUAACAAAACCUCCAGAACAGAAAUAAAAAGUAAUGGGGAAAUUGGGCAGCCUUGUCGUGUCCCUUUCUCUAUCUUAAUUUCCUCUGUUAUCACAUUAUUAACUAUUAAUUUAGCUUUUUGUUCUGAAUAAAUUGCAUUUAUACCAUUUUCAAACUCUUGGCCUACCCCCAUCCCCUGAAGAUUUUUCUUCAUAAAACUCCAAGAAAUAUUGUCAAAGGCUUUCUCUGCAUCCACAAAAAUCAAAACUGCUUUAGUAUUGAUCUCCUCUUGCAGCUUCUCCAGAAUAUCAAUAUCUGGUGCUUCUGAAGCACUAGGCUUCCCUGACUAGUGGUCAGAGUUUGCAGACAGGAGAGCAUGGCUUCUGGAGGACCUGAGCCUCUGCAGCACCUCAUUUUAAAAACACACUGUUCAAGUCACACAACUGGCAAGGACUCGCGAGGAGGCCUUGCGCAAAUCUCCACCUCUGACCUUCUGUGCAUGCAGAAUAGCUCGGGUUCAGUCCCCCAUGGCAGUGUUUCCAAAUAGGGCUGGGAAAAGAUGCAUCCCAGCCCCAUCUGCUGCAACACCGUGGGGCAGCCUGGAUGGCCACUGGGGUGGCCAGCAAGGCCAUGUGGCUGGCCGGAUCCAGCAACCCCAACUAUGUCUCCACAGAUCAGCAAGAGGAAUACUUCUGCGACCUGCGCAGCCUUGUGGAGGAAAUGCGUAAGGCCUACCAGAAGCCUGUCUUCCUCAUUGGACACAGCCUGGGAAACCUCAACAUCCUCUAUUUCCUCCUCCAGCAGUCCCAGGCCUGGAAAAGCCAAAACAUCCGGGGCUUCAUCUCUCUGGGGGCUCCUUGGGGGGGAGCAGUGAAGCCCAUAAGGGUCCUGGCCUCAGGUGAGUUGCUUGCCAGCAGGUGAGGUGGGCUGGAAUAUCUGGUCCCUCCAGACUAAAAAAAAAGGCUGCGUGCACCUCUUACUUGGGUGACCUCCCCUCCUCUUCCACUGUCUGGGGUUGCUGUCAGGCCCCUUGAGGCUCAGGGAUGGGGGGUGGGGCUAUCAAAAUGGGGGUGGAGCUUAAAUGCACUUUUAAAAAACAAAAAUCCUCUCAGGCCUCUAGCACAGAUUUACUGUCUUUUAUUGCCUCCUGCUAAACUAAUCUAGACAUGAGUAUCUCGGGGGGCGGGGUGCAUCUCCCACUCUUUCUAUUAUUGCUGCUAAAAAAAUGGAGAUGGUUCUCUUUGGAUUGUGUUGGGAUUUCUCAGUGUUUUCCAUAAAACUCAGUUGAGCUUUAAAGAUGCAGAAUGUACACAGCCGUAGUCUCUUUUUCCUGCUGUUUUCCAGAUGUGUGCUGUUCAACUCCAAUAUACUUUGUUUAUUGUGUGGUAUGAAACAUAAAAAGACUAAAGCUAUGUACGCACUAUAACUUUAAAGCACAUUUUAAGCUCCUUCUUUCCCUCAGAGAAUCCUGGGCUCUGUAGUUUGCCCCUCACAGAGGUACAAUCCUCAGCAACUUUAACAAACUACAAUGCCCAGAAUUCUUUGAAGUGGGAAACAUGAUUUGAAUGUGCAUUCAAGUCCAUUUCCUGAGCUUUCUGGGAGAUUGGUUGGAGGUCUGUGCCAGUACUGCAGUUGAUACCAAGCUGGUCUGCAUUUCAGGUGAUGAGCAGGGCAUCCCCAUUAUGUCCAGCAUCAAAUUGCGUGAGGAGAAGCGCAUGACCACAGCCAGCCCCUGGAUGUUCCCAGACACAAUAGCUUGGCCCGAGACCCAUGCCUUCGUCUCUACCCCCUCCUACAACUACACCUACCGGGACUACCAACGCCUCUUCACUGACAUUAACUUUGAGGAUGGCUGGUACAUGUGGAACGACACCAAGGACCUGCUGAAGGGGCUGCCUGCCCCAGGGGUCGAGGUGUAUUGCAUCUAUGGCACGGGUUUCCCCACUGCGGAAACCUACAUUUACAACGACCGCUUCCCCUACGAGGACCCCAUUGACUUUGUGUAUGGGGAUGGGGAUAACAGCGUUAACCGCCGCAGCCUAGAGCUCUGCAAGCGAUGGCAUGGCCAGCAGGAACAGAAGGUGCACGUGGUGGAGAUGCCUGGCGUGGAGCAUCUCAACAUGAUCUUUGACAACCGCACCCUCAACUACAUCAACGAAAUCCUGCUGGGAAACUUUGAGAAAGCCACAGCAGCAGAAGAUGAAGAAGCAGGGAAAGGAGGAAGAGGCUUCUCAGAGACCCAACACAAACAGGAGAAAUGAAGGCCCUGCGCUGAGGAGAUUGGGGCCAGUUUAUGCCUCCUGCAUAGACAGGAAGCAGGAUGACUCAUGAGUGCCCCCCACCCCCCAAAGUCUACAGUGUUAUGUGCAACACAGCUGCAUGCAGAGGUGCCUUGCAGGAUCCUGCCUCCCCGCUUGCUCUGAGAGGGAAAGACUCCUCCAAAUUGCUCCUGCCAACAGCUGCCUGGCAAAUUUCCAUCGCUGGUGUGAUUGUUGGGGCUGCUGAGAGUUCAUGUUCCCCCAGCAUGCUUUCAGUUAGGUAGGCAGGUGAACUAGCCCAGAGCUUUAUUUACUCAAUGCAAAAAGAUCAAGGAGUCCUGGGGCACCUUGAAGACCAACACAUUUUAUUAUGGCAUAUGCCUUCCUGGGCUGCAGCCCCUUCAUCGUAUGCAUGGAGUUGUGGGUAUAUCCAAACACAUCGUCAGACACAUAUUAAACACAAGAAGUAUAGGCUGUAUCAAUUGUAUUAAAACUUAACAGGGCACACGAGAAGGGUGGCAGCCAGAAGAAGAGGAUGAUGAGCUGAUGCCAACAUGUAAAGGCUGUGCCCAACAGUGGCUUCUGACUUUGACUGCAUCUUCCAGAAAGGGGUGGCAGCAGGAGGAGAGGAGAAAAAUCCUCCCCAUCUCCUCCAACUGCCCCCCCUCCAGAAGACUAAAGACAAAGCCGGAAGCCGCAGUUUUACACAGUCUUUAUAUCAGCUUUGGGCUUCUCUCAUUCUCUGGUUGCCACCCCUUUCUGGCCUUGGCUCCCCAAUGUUGGCUGUGGGGCAGAUGGAGGGCAACUGCCCAGGUGCCCUCACCUCUCGCUGCACUGCCCAACAUGGUGGUGAUGAGGACAUCCCUCUUCUUAGAGGAUGUCCCUAUGCUCUGCAGAACUUGGCCGGCUUCAAGGCCCCUGCCCUGGGCAGCCUCAGCACCCUGAUCCCAUAGACAAGCUGCAUGCCAUCAGCAACAUGCUUAACACACCCAUGGCCACAGCCACUUCUGCCUGCAGUUUUCUCACUGGUCUGCCCUUCCUAAAAGGAAGGGAAGGCUGUGUCUAGGUAUCCCAAGCCCCCCGGCCAAGCUGCCCAGCCGGCCUCCCAAUUUAUGGCCUGUAGUUAUGCAGGGUUAAUCCUGGAGUGACCCUAGGCUCACCUGUCCAGGUAAGGUAGAUCACCAGGUGAGGAAAAGGGGUGUGGGAGGUUAUAUGAAGGCAGGGAUAAUUGUUAUAAAGAGAAGGCAGGAUUCAUUUUAACUAACUCUGUAAUCCUGAUAAUUUCCAAGAGAGAGCCCAAUCACAUUAGUGAGAUAGGGUAGAACAGCACACUGCCCACGAGUGGAAAAUAUCUCUCCUUUAUUACUUGGCAAGUUGCACAGCUAAGUUCUGCUGCAGUAAACAGGUUCUAGCCUAGGACUCAUUGAAAUGGGAAAGGAGACAAGCUAAAGCUGAACUUGCCCAGUUGGAUUUAUCUGAUGUGUGGUGAAUGCGGGGGCUAGGGGCCGGGUCCUUCUACUCUCCAUCUCCCAAGCCAACACUGCUUCCAGGAGGGUGCUGUUGGGGAAGGAAGAAAACCCCCAUGGACGCUAAAAGUUUUAAGACAACUUUCACACACACAGAGAAUAGUCCCCCCAAAGUGCUCCCAAAUAUAAAGCCCUCUCACUUGAAAUAUUUUCCCACACUCUUGGUUCUCUCUUUGGUAACACCCCUGAAUAAUUUUAGUCCUCUGUUCCGCCAAUUCUGUAUGGGAAUAAUAAAUGCUGUACUGACCUAUGCAGGUGUUAUGUACUGAGUUGAAUAGGAUCCAAACUGCAGCAGUCUGAUUGGUCCUAGAACAAUGCAGCAGUAUGAUUGGUUGGCAGGAACCACCCAAUCAUGCUCCAGAUAUAAGUGAAUCCACAACCUGAUUGGCUUACAGUAGAAUUCCAGAAUUAGCCAAUCAUGUGCAGCCCAUUGUGUAAAUAAUGUAUAUAAAGCAGAUACUUUGAGGGGACUUUCAUUCAUUCCUCCUCACCACUAUGAGCUGAAUAAAGAGCAUGAAAUCACUUUGCGACUCUGAGUAUAUUUCAGCAGGGCUGUUGAAAGGAUUUCUGAGAUAAUGUAUGUGAAAGCUCUAUGAAUGUAUUUUGUUUUUUCCUGUCUCAUGCCUGACACUGGGGAUUUGGGGAUGGCACAAUUAUUUGUCUUUAAUUUAAAGAGGAGAAAUGAUUUUGGAAUGAUCAUGUCACAGGCAUUUUGAUUUUAUUUUAAAAAAAAUUGUUUUGUGUUGCUUGGUGCUGAUUUUUAUCUUUUCCUUUCUGUGCUUGCUCUGCUUGGUUGCUUCAUGUCAGUCAGUCUUUAGGAUUCACAGCAGAAACCUAUGCAUACUUACUCAGAAGUCCAUUUCACUAUGUUCAGUUGGUCUUACUCACAGGUAAGUGUGCAUAGGAUUGCAGACUUAGCUGCAUUCCCAGGGUCUCGGUAAUCUCAAGAUUGAGUAUUGGAUGUACCUUAUCUCUGUCUGUACAUAUGUUAAUGUGUGUACACUGCAAAGCAUCAGCAAUGCAAAGGUGGUCAUUUUGCAUACUAAGCUACAAUGGCUGGUUUUGAACCAUAUAUUGUAAGACAAAUGUUUUUUCCGACUAUAGCUAUUACAAAUUUUAUUUCAUUUCAUUUAUCUGUUUGAGAUAAAGGUAUUGUACAUUA